AUGAAUUGCCCCUCGAGAACCGACGAGACCCUCGAACAUCCCGACUGGAACCAGAACCCUUCUCCUUUGAACCCCGACAUUACCACACGGAACGACUUCAACGGCAUCGCCAACUCGAAGGUCCAUAGGAAACAUGCGUCUGGGGUAGGAGGUACUCCUAGAGAGGGAACAAUGGAGAUCGAGUCUCACAUUCAACAACGGAGCAAGACAGAUCCUGAGAAAGAAAAGACCGCCGGCGAAGUGACCACUGCCGCCUCUGGGCUCUGUGAACAACAGCCCGAGACGGACAGCGGAUCACCUCGCCGUCCUUUCUACAAGAAAAUCCCUAACUUCUCCAUCUCAUCUUGUUUUCAAGAUGUCAUUCGGAGUAUAGUCAAAUUUUCCCGCUUCGUGGGCCCAGGUUUUCUGGUCGCCGUGGCUUAUAUCGACCCGGGAAACUAUUCUACCGACGUUGCCGCCGGUGCUCAGUACCAGUAUGCCUUGCUCUUCAUCGUUCUGGUUUCUAACCUGUUCGCCGUUUAUCUGCAAUCAUUGUGUGUCAAACUGGGAACGGUGACUGGGUUGAAUCUGGCGGAGAAUUGCAAAGAACAUCUUCCAAAAUGGAUGGUCAUCAUCCUUUAUGUCUUCUCGGAGGCUGCCAUUGUUGCUACUGAUAUUGCAGAGGUCAUUGGAUCAGCCAUUGCGCUUAAUCUUCUUCUCGAUAUCCCGCUGGUAGCAGGAUGUGCAAUUACACUUGCAGACGUGCUUUUCCUUCUUAUAUUCUACAGGCCCAAUGGUGCCAUGUGGGGUUUACGGUUGUUUGAAUUCUUUGUUAUGGCUUUGGUGCUCGGGGUCGUGGUCUGCUUUUGCAUUCAACUCGCUCUGAUCGAGAAUCAAUCUGUCGGGCACGUUCUUAGGGGUUAUGUGCCCUCUCCUGCCGUGGUCCAGUCACAAGGUCUCUACCAGAGUUGCGGCAUCCUCGGAGCUACGGUGAUGCCACAUUCUUUGUUUUUGGGGAGUGGCAUUGUUCAAGCACGUCUGAAGGAUUUCGAUGUCACACAAGGCUAUGUCGAUGCUUCGGUCCCAUUAGGAAGCAAUGGCGGAGAGGUGGAAUAUCGCCCCUCCUUUGCGGCAAUCCGAAGCUGCAUGAAGUAUUCCAUCAUUGAACUGACACUGUCGCUUUUUACAUUUGCGCUCUUUGUCAACAGCGCCAUUCUCAUAGUCGCAGGUGCCUCGCUAUACGGGAAGCCUGGAGCCGACGAGGCUGACCUUUGGGGAAUUCAUGAUUUGCUCUCCAACUCUAUCGCUCCUGCUGCGGGGUUGAUUUUUGCCCUGGCUCUUCUUCUCUCCGGUAUUUCAGCAGGAAUUGUGUGCACCAUGGCCGGACAGAUGGUCAGUGAGGGCAUGCUGAAUUGGAGCAUCCGGCCUUGGCUUCGGAGGGUCAUUACCCGCUCGAUCAGUAUCAUCCCCAGCAUUAUCAUCGCUGCGGCUGUGGGCAAGAAAGGGUUGGAUAAGACCCUGAACGCAAGUCAAGUGGUGCUGAGUGUCAUCCUUCCGUUUGUUACUGCGCCUCUGAUCUACUUUACUUGCCGGAACCGAUAUAUGACCGUCCCUGUGGAUCGAGCUGCUCAUGGCGAAGGCCAUCUCCAGCCUGAGGGAGUGGGAAUGAGAAAUAAUAUCUUCGUGUGUAUUCUUGGCGUCCUUAUAUGGCUGAUUAUUGCAGUCAUGAACGUAGCUUUGCUGGUUUUAAUCGGAAUGGGCAAGGCAUCUUAA